AUGGCGCUCUGCAGCCGCCUUCGGAACAUUCAGAGUAUCCUGACACAGAGCAGCAAAUCUCAACCCGAUGGAAUCCUUUGCAUUUUAGGAAUAGAUAGUCGAUACAAUGAAGGUUGCAGGGAACUGGCAAACUAUCUGCUUUUUGGCUUGUAUAACCAGAAUAACAAUGACUUUGAAAGAACUGAGUUCCCAGAAGAAGUUCUUGAUGAUAUAAUCAUAUUAGUAAAAGCUGACAGUGUCCAUCUGUACUGUAACCCUGUGAAUUAUAAUCAUCUUUUGCCCUAUGUGGCACACUGGAAGAACUUGCAUUUUCACUGUCUAACUGAAAAUGAGUAUGAAGAUGAAGAAGCUGCAGAGGAAUUCAAAAUUUCCAGCUUUGUAGAUAUGGUUCGAGAUUGCAGUCGCAUUGGUAUUCCGUACAGCUGCCAAGGUCAUCUACAGAUAUUUGAUAUGUUCAUUGUUGAAAAGUGGCCAAUAGUGCAGGCUUUUGCACUGGAAGGAAUUGGGGGUGAUGGCUUCUUUACAAUGAAAUACGAAUUAAUGGAUGUCAGUGUUGAUUUGUGGAAGACGUACAGCAAAAUGGAUCCUGUUUCCUUGGAGGACUUGCUCUUUGAGGAUUUAAUGAUUUUUGAACAGCAGUGGACCAACUUUUUUGCUAAUUUUGACACUGAAAUUCCCUUCAUUCUGGAACUAUCAGAAUCUCAGGCGGGGGAGCCUUUCAGGAGUUAUUUCAGUCAUGGAAUGAUUUCAAGCCAUAUAACAGAUAACAGCCCGAGCCGGCAGCCCUUUGUUCUGUUUGGUAGCCACUCUACCAAGGAAAACUUGAACUCUGGUAACUUUAAUUUUCCAUCAGAAGGACAUCUUGUUCGAAACACCGGCCUUGGAGGAAGCACUGCUAAGCAUAUGGUAGUACAGUGUGUAUCUCCAAAGGGACCACUGGCUUGUUCAAGGACCUAUUUUUUUGGAGCCACUCAUAUUCCUUUCCUGGGAAAUGACAAUGAGGUGCACAAGCAAGGCGAACAAAUUACGCUGUUGUCGCAAAUAUAUACUGCUGUUGUAGAGGCUGUGCUUGCUGGCAUUGAGUGCUAUGCUAAAACUUCCACUGAAUCCAAGGCGAAGGAUGUAGCAGAGCAGAUGCUCAUGUCUAUGUUGGAUACCCUUCAUUUAACACAACUUAAAACUGCAUUGCGCUCCAAAAUCACUUUUCAGAUUCAGGCUGUGAAUAAUCAUGGAAGAAUUACUCCAUUAGAUAACGAGGAUAGCCUGAGUUUGAUUAAAACGGCGUCUAUGAUGGUAUUUGACAUUCCAGACUUGCUCACAGGAAGAGGAUGCUUGGGAUCUGUUGUCUUUUCAGAGUCCUUUCUAACCUCACAGAUACAAGUAAAAGAAAAAGAUGGCAGCAUUAAUUCAGAAACCAGCCACAUAAUACUGACUGCAGCUAUCCCAAGAUAUGCUUCUUGGCUGGUUGAAGACAGCGAUGUGAAACUGUCUGAAAAGGCACAGCAUAUAUUGAAGGAAGACAAAUCUUUUCUGGGCACUUUACUCACAGGAGGCGAUGGAGCAUAUAUUUAUUCUAGCAGUCCUCAUGCCACGCCUGUAGAAGGCAAAUUGUACUUCUUUUCAGAUGGCAUCCUCUUUUCUGAUCCCCAUCACGGCAGCAUCUCCAUUUCUAAGAACCAUAUGAAUUCCAUUUCUCUCUAUGAUGGGGAUUCCAACAGUAUUGUUGCUGCUGUCUUUAUAGAUAUCAAAAGUUCCUUGCUUGCUCAUCUACCAAUUGAAUUCCGUACCCGAGACAACUUUUUGAUGAUUGCAAUUUUCCCCAAAACAAAGAUUUAUAAAGCUUUUUAUGCACAGGUUUUCUCUUCGUGGCAAAACCAGGCAAACUCAGGAUUAUCUUUAAGGGUUGUCCAGGAAGACUUUCUGUCUGUGGAACAAAAGAGACUGCAUUCCUGUGCUCAGAAGCUAUUUGAUGCCAUGUCUUUUUCUUCUGGGGAAAGAUGCAGGGAGCUGAAAAUAUCUGCUGCCCUUCCAGAGUUAGAGAGGUUUGUGCAACAUUUUACUGUCAGCAGCAUCAGUCAUGAGCCAAUAAUGCGAGCACAUCUUCCUGUUUUAUUGCAACAGUCAGAAAUCAUUCCUGAUAGCAAAGCAGAAAAUGACAAGGUGGUUAUCACCAUUAUAACUGGUCUUCCAGGAUGUCAUUGCAGCGAUCUGUGCGGUUUUCUUGUAACUUUUAACAAGGAGUAUGGAAGGUGGAUAGUUUAUCGGCAGACUAUGGAUAGUCCUGAAUGUUUCAGUGCAACCCACUUCCAGCGUUACCUCUCCAGUGUCCUGGAGGCUCAGCAAAAUCACAGCGUCCGUCAGUCCACUUAUGCUAAAAAGAAUAAACGUCUCUUAGUGGUCUUGCAAGGAUAUACAGAUGUUAUUGACGUUGUACAGGCUCUGCAAACUCAUCCUGACCCAGAUGUGAAGUCGUCUUUCAUCAUUGGAGCUGUUAAUACUUGUGUAGAGCCACUUAGUUGCUACAUGGAACAUAGGCUUCUUUUUCCUAAGUUCUUGGACCAGUGUUCACAAGGACUAGUGAGUAACGUGGUUUUCACAAGUCAUGCUACAGAGCAGAAGCAUCCACUCCUUAUGCAACUGCAGAACCUUAUCCGAGCAGCAAAUCCUGCAGUUUCAUUCAUCUUGGCAGAAAAUGGAGUUGUAACCAGGAACGAGGAUAUUGAAUUAAUUCUGUCAGAAAGCAGUUUCUCAAAUCCUCAGAUGAUGAGAGCUCGAUAUUUAAUGUAUCCUGGCUGGUAUGAAGGUAAAUACGGAGCUGGGUCUGUCUUCCCUCCAAUGGUUCAGAUCUGUGUAUGGUUUAAUCGUCCCCUAGAAAAGACACGUUUUGUGACCAAAUGUAAAGCAAUUAAGUCAUUGCUCAAGCCAAGUCCUUUUUCUGGAAACAUUUAUCACAUCAUGGGCAAAGUUAAGUUUUCAGAUUCUGAUAAAGUGAUUGAAGUCUGUCACAACACAUCAUCUAAUUCAUUAAGCCUCGUGCCUGUUCAGGAGGGGCCAACUCCUCCUGAUUCAAGAAGCGAUAACAGAGAUUGCAGCAGUCAACAGGAGUGCUUCCUUGUAUUCAUUGGCUGCUCUCUUAAGGAAGAAGAUAUAAAAGACUGGCUCAGAGAAACUGCAAAACAGAAACCUCAGAGGAAAGCCCUGAAAACCAGAGGAAUGCUGACCCUUCAGGAAAUAAAAAACAUUCAUGUGAAACGCCACUUGGAUCCACUUCCAGCUGGUUAUUUUUACAACGGGACUCAAUUUGUGAAUUUUUUUGGUGACAAAAUGGAUUACCAUCCAUUAAUGGACCAAUUCAUGAAUGAUUACUUGGAAGAAGCCAACAGGGAAAUAGAGAAGUACAACAGAGAACUAGAAGAACAGGAGUAUCAUGAUCUCUUUGAGCAGAAGACAUAAGCAUGUGCGUUCUGUGUAUUUCUGAACCGCCUACUGUCAGUAACCAAAAAUGCUGUUGUCCUUGCUGGUUAACUAGAAAAUUAAGUGAAAUGUCAGUUUUCAGCACUCCUUUUAAAACUAUGAGAUCAUUCCUGUAAGGUUGGCAUUUUAAUAUGGUAACUGCUUAGCUUGUUUGUACUGUCAGGUUCGCUUCCACUUCACCUUAAUUCCAGACUGUAAAAAGCAUCACCUGGAAUCUCUGGCUAGUAGUGGAAACUUAUUUAAAAGAAGAAGAAAAGAAGCAAAACUGUAUUUCCUAAGAGGUCAGAAUGUAAUCAUGGAAUUGGUCCGUUGUGCAGAUAACCAAACCACUUUAAUCUCUGGGUAUCCCUUGAAACUUGUUGCACAGGAGCAUUGAUGAGCAGUGGUAUAGGUCAGUGUGUGGGAUUGGGGGAUGUUCCUAAAGCGAGAAAUGGGGGAACAUUUAAAAAACUCAGAAGGGUACCUAAUCCCACAGCUGCUAUGGUGUUCCCAAAGCGAGAAAUGGGGGAACACCUGAAAAACUCAGAAGAGGACCCAAUUCCACAGCUGUUGGGGUGUUCCCAAAGCGAGAAAUGGGGGAACAAUUAAGGAACUCUGAAGAGUACCCAAUUCCACAGCUGUUGGGGUGUUCCCAAAGCGAGAAAUGGGGGAACAAUUAAGGAACUCGGAAGAGGACCUAAUCCCACAGCUGUUGGGGUGUUCCCAAAGCGAGAAAUGGGGGAACAAUUAAGGAACUCUGAAGAGGACCUAAUCCCACAGCUGUUAUGGUGUUCCCAAAGCGAGAAAUGGGGGAACACUUAGGCAUCUGCAUUUUUCUGAGGGGACAGCGUGUCUCAUAACCUCUGCACAGUUUGAAUCUGCAGUGAAAAUUCUGACUCUUUCAUCCUUUUCUUUAGAAAAGUGGAGAUACCUUGCUUUCUUCCCAGUGUUUUUAUUGGUAUUCUAGAAAAUAUGACACGGAUGGAGUUAAUCUGCAACUUGCUAUUAAGAAGAUUAUCUCUGAAGGAUUCUUAGUUCAGUACUAAAAACUAAGUAAAGCAAGAGAAGAGGAAGAUUCUUUAGCUAAAGAAUUCCUUUUCGUGAAAAUGACUUAUUUCCAAAGGUAAAAAAACUAUCAGAAAAUAUACUUGAAAUAUGAAAGAACUUGUUUGUGAAGCUUUCAGAAGACUUUGCGUGCCGUAACAUUUCACUAUACUAAUACACCAGGUUUUAAGUACUUGCAACAAAACCUAUAUAGUUACUAAAUGAUAUUGUAAUAGGAGUUCUGGGAACUUGUCCUCUAACUUAAUUUAGCACAAUUUUAAGUGAGACUUCAUAGAUCACUGACUCAAGGAUUAUAAGGUACCCUAGCAUCUACUUAAAGGUAAUUAUUGAAGCUUAUUUGAAUAAGCAGAUUAUUGUAGCAUGCUGUGUGUUCAGAAUUUAGUCAAGUGAAAACAGUCCAGGAGGAUUUUUUUAUUUUCAUAUUCCUUUGCCUUAGGAACAGCUUGAUCUUCUAAUACAACUGCAACUUUUCUUUUUGGUCAGAUGUAUGUAAUGCAGUAAGAAAUUGAAUGAGUAAUUUCUUACAGUACACUUAAAGUACUUAGCACGUCCAACACGGUCUCUGCAGGAAAAAGAGAUUUAACUCCUGCCAUCAAACCUAAGGCUAGAUACAGUUUUAUGCCUUACUUAAGAAAUAUAUUUUUUACCUUUGGAAUCUGAAAUGGCUGAAAUUACAAAAAGCCUGUCAAAAACUGAAACGCCUUUUAGGUAGACUUUCAGUACACAUUGCUACUAGCUGGCUCGGUGCCUGUGCUGUGGUGAUUAUACAGGGCAGAGGUGGAAUUCCAGGUGCUGCAGAUUAGGAUAUAGAUGUUGAUAAGGUUUCGUUACUAGCUUUCCUACUAGAUUUUAAAAAGCUGUCUGAAUUUAAGACAUAUAAUUUUUUUUUGCACACCACGAGACUUUAUAAACUACUUGUAUCCUGUUAAAGUACAAUAAAAGCCAGCGAUUAGUUGUGUUUCUAGGCUUUCUGGGGUAACCCGUGUUACAGGUAUAGAGCAUCAUGAUAAGGCUCGUGAGUUUAUCUAUGCAUGGCUAUACUUUAGUCUUAAUAUACUGUAGUGCCUGGUAGAGUAAACGUAGCUAGCAGUGGAUUUGGGGGGCUAGCAGGUGUUUACAAACUAAGUACAGUUGGUUGCAUGAAACUAUUUAUCAGACCAGGAUUAUUAGAGUACAAAAUUCUGGUGUUAACACUGCAAUAUGAAGGGGCAUUAGAAAAUUCUUUAAAAAUUAUAGUUCUUUGCCAAUAAACUUAGUGUAAACCCGGUGUGCUCCUUUUCAGUACAAGUUAUCUAAUCUGCAAAGCCAUAUUUCUAGAAUAGUUGGUAUGACUACGUAAUGUCAGAAGAAAUACCGGUGGCUGGGAUGGCAGGCACCUCGUUGAUGCUUCGUCUCAACCUGUGAGUUAAUAACAGAGUAGGUUUAAGUGCAAUUGAACGAUAGAUGAAGAUACUGUAGCUUAUUUUGCUCUGCUGAACUUUUUUUAAGAACUCCAAUUUGUGCAGCUCUCAAAAAUAAAUGUUGAUGGGGCCAAUUCAUCUGGGCUUGUCGUAGCGAGUUGUAAUUACAUGUGAGAUGCCCUGUGAACAAAAAGGAAAUAAGUAUUCAAAAUUGGCAUGCUACUGUGCAAAUUGAGCUGUUCCUUAAAAACUGAAGCAGAAGAGCUCAGAACAAAGGCCUAGUAUACUUAUAUACUGUAUUGCAUGCUAUAUGGUAAUAGCUGUGUAUUAUAAAGACCUUUCACCAUACUGGUACUAUUUCAAUUAAUAUAUUUUGGUAUUGAAAUCAUUUGAUUACCUCAAUUUUUUUUUUAUUUUUUAACUGUGACUUUGAAACAGAAAAAAAUACCGAAAUAGUGAAACUGUGACAAUGGUAUCCUUUAAAUGUAGUAGUGCCUUGCAAAUGACACCAUUCAUUCACGAAGCAUAGAAUAAAUGGAUGUCAUGGGUUGUAUUGCUUGCACCCUCUUUUCUUUUAAAGGAAAAACAGUUUUGGUGAAAGGACUUAAAAUUAACCUAGUGAAGAAUAUUAGCACAAAUGGUUAAACUGUUUAAAAGAAAACUCUUUGAGGACUAAAAUGUGUAAAUGCCUGAUGCUGCUGACAGUUUAAUAGCAGUUGCUGAUUAUUUUGGAGUUACUUCUAACAAUCAGCAGUACUUUUUUUAGGAGAAGAGCAUAACUUUUGUACUCUGGUCAGAGAUGUUUAUACUGUAUCAGACCCCAUCUGUAGGGUAAUCUGGUUUCCUCACUUUUGGAGUUGAGGUGAGGAUUGAGAUACUUCUAAGGAUCUAGUUUUGGAAUUUUUUUUAGCUACUGUAAAACUAAAAAAAAAAAAGCACCAUUUCUAAACCACAAAUGUUUGGAUACAGAAAAAGUGCCAUUACACUGUUCCUUUAUCUUUUACUGUAUUUUGAAAAUUGGUAACAGUAACUUUGUGUCCAGGCAUUUCUGAUAUUGUGAAGAAGUGCUGAGAGUCCUCAAGGGGUUUACAUGCUUUGCUGACCUUCAUGUUAGCGGCUUGUGGUGGUGUUUUUUUUUUUUUUCCUCACCGAGAAUGAGUGUGAUCAGAAGUUACUGAAGUUAUAGGGAGAAAAAUGUGAUAAACUUAAGAGAGGAACGUUUGCAACUUGAACUGCGCUGCAAUCGCUGAGUAUUUUAUAUUAAGCUGUGCAAUUUGGUAUUAGUCCAGUUUUACACUUUGCAAUUAACAGAAGUGAUUGCAGGGACGAUUUAAGUUGCAUAUAAAAGUUCCCUAAUAAGUUUUUUAUUGUUAUUAUUUUUUAAUUGAAACUUUUCUGAAUUUGCACAGAUUUAAGCUCUGGAAUACUUUGGUAUUCUUAAAAGGGAAAAAAUGUAACUAGUAUAGUGAAUUGUAAACUGUGAGUUGUUAGAACCACGUUGUUGAUCUAAUUUUAGAUUGUUUAAAAAUGUACCUCAGAAAGCUAGUGAGAAAUUGCUUCAUUUUUACACAACAGUCAGAUCCUAAUGUAACACUUCUCACUUUACAAUGUGCCAAAAUUCACUUUUAUACUAGUUCUCAAUGCUUUAAUAUUUGCAACUUUAAGUUAAAAACUUGUAUUUACAAACACUACUGUAACUUCAGUUAAACUGAACUGUGUGAUUGAAGCUUUUUGCCUGUUGUAUUUAUUACACAACUUGAUUCAGUAAAUAUAAAAUUACCUUUCCAUUUAUUUUUGUAUUGUUUUACAUGUUUAUACCUGCAGUUUGUGUGACUUUUACACCUGUAACUCAGAUGUGAUGGAAAGAACCAAUAAACAGUAUCCAUCUGCUGUCUGUCUCUGACUUGUUUAAUAAACUCACUAUUUCCUAAACUUAA